AUGGCUGUCUUCAAUUCUAUUCCCCAGGGUUCGUCCAUGGGCCAACAUCCGAGUUAUGGCAAUGAAGAUCUACAGGAAGGAUCUUACUCACGAGCAGAUGUCAACUCCAACGCCAACAGAAAGGCGAAUGAGACAAGAGCGAGAUAUGUGGGGGAGAUGGAAUCAGAUUUAUAUGAACUCUGGCAAUUCAUCCCAGAGGAAAAUGAAAACGGUGGCAAAAUGUGGAAAUCAGCCCCAAGGAAACUUGUUGCUAGCGAUCAAGCAACGCUAGAAAAUCUAGUGAAAACCAUGGAGGCAGAAGAUUCAGUGGAGGAGCAGUGGGAGUCUCUUUCCCCAAACAAACAAGCCCUUAUAAAGGCGCUUGUUAGGGAACAUAAUCAAAGUGAUAACCGUUACAAAUGGAGUUACGUUUAUAUAAAGACGAAAACCAGGAAGGUGAAAGGUAUCGGCAACCAUCGAGACGUUACUCUCAAGAUGGACGUUAUCCUUUUGCGAGAACUUCAACACCAGCCUAUGUCGGCUGAGGGGUCGUUCGAAGCCAGUUCAGCAGGUCAUGCUGGUUCCCACUCUGGGGUUCCAAACAAUCGAUCCGGAGGUCAACUUACUCUUGACGACAUGGCCAGGCAAGCAAAUCAUGCACAUAUCACUAGCAGCGGUCCUGGAAUAUAUAGGGCUGCAGAAAACAGGGGUGUAUCUGUUAAUGGUCAGGUGCCCUCAAUAAACUCACAGGUGCAUCCCCAGUUACAACAUUCACCACAGUAUAUAUAUGAGCAGCCACCAUCCCAUGCACAGGCGAAUCCCCAGGUCCGUCUGCAGGGGCACAUGCCUGCCCAGCCCGGUCCCCAGCAACAGGGACGGUCGCAAGUAUACCCAUACACGCAGAACACGAUGCCACCUGAAGCAAAUUAUGCCAUGACACAAGGAGCUCGAUUUCAUACGGCACAAGUCCAAGGAAUGCAGAAAGGACAGGCGACUGACAAAUAUGGGGCAAAAGUGUCACCAUUGCCAAACAAUGCUUCGCCUGUGGGUGGCGGUAUCAACAUUGGGGUAAAUCCAUUUGCGAGCACCGACGACGAGGGAAUACACCCUGCUCAUAAAGCUUCGGCAUCGCGCAACAACCCCAGCAUGCAAAAACAGAGUGGGCGUUUUGCAGCAGGAGAUCUUCCGCAACAUGCACGGAAAGCGAAUGCUACAGCACCUCCUCCCAAAGUCGUCCAACAAGACCGGAGAAUAAAUCGCCUGCGAGAUGACAGCAGCUUCAUGACAGACGAUGAGUCCCUCUUUGAAGAGGAGGACGGAUAUAGUUCUGCAGCCAGUAGUGUUGGCUCAAUUGCAAAGGGAAGUCUUCAUCGGGAGAAGCGAUAUAUGCGCCGCGAGAUGAGCGAUCGAGAUCGGGGACAUCGAACUCAUUACCGGAAGCAAAGUCAAAAGAGCUACAGCCGUAGUGGCUACACAUCUGGCAAUGUUGACAUCCUCCCGUCCACAAGCAAUCAUCGAUCGCGAGAGAGCAGAAGGUAUGGAGAUAUGAGUCGUGCAAGUAACCGCCCAGUUACAGUACAUGAAAGCACACUCGACACUCGGACGCCAGGUCUGGCCGAAUUGAAUCUAAGUGCCAACGAGGCUUCAUAUAGACUGAUGAAGAUGGAGGAAACUCAACGAGCCCUCAUUGACAAGAUGGAUCGUCUCAGCCUGAACCUGAACAAACCCGAGAGUCGUGAUUAUGUUGAAAGGGGUGUGACAGCCCGCGGCAUCGAGCCUGAAAUACGACGUACAGUGCUGGCGCAGCCAGUUUACUAUCCAGAACCCCCUGUGUAUCCUCGAAGACCGGCUUACGUGCCUCGAGAGAUGCAUCCAGCCUAUAUGGCUUCAGCUUAUCAUCCUUAUAUAUACGAGCCUUAUCCCUGA